AUUUGUUUUGGUAGCGACACUCUUCUUCGUUGGUGUUUUAGGGCAGUUAUCAUCUGUAAUGUUGCGUUACUGCGUCCUCUUCAUUGGUGGUUAGACUUUUUAAAUUGUCUUUAUGGAGAAAUUCAGACACGAACUUCCUCGCUACAGCUUUACCUGCCUUUGAUGUUGAAUGGACAGAAAGGAACGACAACAAGGAGGCAGUCGUGCGACAGUAACGAUUCCAACUGCCGUAAAUCACCAUAGAGGAACGAAAACGUCAACAGGAAGGUGCUUUUCAUCACUUUCCAAGACAGUAUCAUCCUCUUUACGGAAUAUUUCCCUAAUCUGCAAACAUGUCAACACCUUUGUCGAAGCCUCAGAUUAUUUCGCACAUCCAGAAACGCCUGAACUACACUGUUUUUGACAGUAAAUGGAUUCCGUGCAGCGCGAAGUUUGUCUGCGUGGGGAACUUUGCGAGAGGAACCGGAGUAAUGCAAAUAUAUGAAGUGCAGCAGGGGGAGGCUCAGCUCAUUAAAGAGGUAGAGAAACCUAAACCCAUAAAGUGUGCAACAUUUGGAGCUGCUUCUCUUCAACAAAGACACAUAGCCACUGGGGAUUUUGACGGAAAUCUUAAUAUCUGGAACCUGGAGGUGCCUGAAGUGCCUGUGUACAGUGUAAAGGCCCACAAAGAAAUAGUGAACAGUAUUGAUGGGGUUGGCGGCCUGGGGAUUGGUGACGGUGCACCUGAGAUAGUCACUGGCAGCAGAGAUGGGACAGUGAAGGUGUGGGAUCCCAGGCAGAGGGAUUCACCUGUAGUCAACAUGGAGCCUGUAGAAGGAGAAACAAAGAGAGACUGUUGGACUGUUGCAUUUGGUCAUGCCUACAAUGAUCAGGACCGCUGUGUGUGUGCUGGCUAUGACAACGGGGACAUCAAACUCUUUGACCUGCGGAACAUGUCUCUGCGGUGGGAAACCAACAUUAAAAAUGGGGUAUGCUGUGUGGAGUUUGACAGGAAAGACAUCAACAUGAACAAGCUGGUGGCGACGUCCCUCGAGGGAAAGUUCCACAUCUUUGACAUGAGGACCCAGCACCCCACCAAGGGCUUUGCCUCCGUUUCAGAAAAGGCUCAUAAGUCGACCAUCUGGCAGGUGAGACAUUUGCCCCAAAACAGAGAAAUCUUUAUGACGGCAGGCGGAGCAGGAAACCUACACUUGUGGAAAUACGAAUAUCCUGCCAAGCGAAGCAAGAAGGACUCGGAUGGCGUGGAUGUGGGCGUCGCCGGCACAGUCAACCUCUUACAGAACGUCACGUUGUCCACGCAGCCAAUCGCCAGCCUGGACUGGAAUCCAGACAAGCAGGGCCUGCUUUUGUGUUCAGGCUUUGACCAGACUGUCCGCGUGCACAUCGUCACCAAACUCAACUUGGUGUGAACAAGUCAGCGACGACAAAGACUGGUGGUCUGUGCAGCCCAACACAAAACAACACAUGCCUACAGAGAUUGAGUGAGUUCUUUGUGGUUUAGGAAAGCAAACGUCACAAUAACUGACUCACAACACUCCUAGACAAACACAACACUUCUUACAAGCAUAAAUGAAGUUUGUGUACAGGAGGGUGGGGAGGAGGAGAAGCUGAUAUGAGUGACACAUUUUUUUACAACUUGUUCUUAAUGGUUGCAUUUAGAUGCAGACAUAAGAUUUUCAUCUAAUUGCAGUAACAAUUCAAAAUCUACAACACUACCUUUGGUGUGUAAAUCAUUGCCUUUUAAAGAGGCUCAAUUGUUUCCGUGAUCAUGUUUGCACUGAUGAUUCCCCGCUGCUGAUCUACAGCUUCUAAAUCUAAGUUAUUUUCAUUUUUUGAAGGCUGCUUACUGAAAAAAAGUGUGCUUUUUUUUUUUGUAUUGUUUUGCUCAGUUGGUCGAAGUUCUAUUCCGGUUUUUGACUUUUGAUAUGUCGCAACAUCUUAGUGUCAACCUUGGUUCAAAUUAAAUGUGCUUAUAAAGUAAAAACAAAA